AUGUCAAAUGGCCUCAAAUCCUCAGAUCCGCUCACGCAAUCCUGGCACAGCCAAGCGAAUGGAGCACAGAUAUAUAAGGGCAACGCAAGGACUAUAUUAAAGUAUUGUAUCCUCCAGACUGAUUUAAAGACACAGUUCCGCGUACAACAAUUGGCAGGAAUAGUACCUCGUAAGCCAAAUCGGCCGUCAAGCAUCAAAGUCGAAACUAGCAGGCAAAAGAGCCAGUGGUGGUUUCGAGGCCGGAUUCCAAUCGUGUCCAAGAUUAUUACGUCGGUGGCGGACUUCUCACACCUACGGCGGCGAAGACCAAGAAGCGCCCACUAUGAUCCGAAUACGAUCACACUAACUGACAAACAGGACUUCCCCGAGCAGGACGUUAAUGAAACGUACGAACGCCUCGAGAAACUUGGUGAGGGCAGCUACGCUACGGUGUACAAAUGCAAAUCAAAAAUUGACGGUUCGAUUGUGGCCUUGAAGGAAAUCAAGUUGCAAUUUCAAGAAGGUCUUCCCUUCACAGCCAUCAGAGAGGUGGUCACCUUGUGGUAUCGACCGCCAGAUGUACUGCUUGGUAGCACCGAAUACUCAACGUCGUUGGAUAUGUGGGGCGUUGGGUGUAUUUUUGCGGAACUUUGCACGGGUCAAGCGAUUUUCCCUGGCACCAAAGACGUGAUGGACCAACUCGACAAAAUAUUCAGUGUUCGAGGUGUGCCAGAUGAGACAACUUGGCCCCAGGUAAGGGAUCUACCUCACUACAAGCAGAGUGCCUUUCCGUUAUACAAGGAGAUUCCGUUCAAGCAGGUGAAUAUUCUCUUCACAAAACUGGAAAAAACCGGAACGGAUCUGCUCGGAAUGUUCUUGCAGCUUCAUCACUAG